AUGACAAAACCCACAACCCCCAGCACGUCUCCAACAACCACGAGCCCAACAUCAAACAACCCAGCUACCCUCAAUGAAUAUGCAUUCGACGAUACCCUGGACGACCCCUUCUUCUCCAAGACAAGCUUCCCCUCCGCUGGAAUCGCAAGCGCGGAUCCCGCGUCCGAAGAAACCACGCGAAAUAGCAGGUGGCUUGCAGCACUCACUGAGAGUCCCGAGGUCUACGCAGCGGCUGAUCAACUUGUAGUGGAGAGGAGAACAUCCUCACUCCCAUGUUCUCCAUCUUCGCUGACCAGCCAGCAGCAAGUGAGCGUGACGCCGACCAGCAACAACAGCUCCGACAGCUCAGAUGACACAUCCAGCCCAUCAUUCAAGGACAAGGGCGAACUGCCCGCACGGCUCCGGCCAGAGUUAUCCAUCAUCAUUCCCGACUGGGCUGAUGGCACGCCUAUGCCGCGGACACUCAGUACAUAUGACAAUAACAACACCCGAUCGUCUUCCGCAGCGUUACGACGCCAGCGGGAGCUGGGUUAUCUUUACAGCACGGCACAGGAAGAUAUCCUCCGCGAGGUACGGACUGCGCGGCGGGAGAAUGAGGCCCUGAAGUCAGAUAUAUUAGAGAACCAGAGGAAGCUUGAGAUCGCAAAGAAGAAGAUUGAUAUGCUGGCUGCCAUGGUUCUGCGCGAACGCGGGGGUCUUUGA